GUCUCUCUCUCCUCUCUCUCUUGCUCUCUCUCUCCAGUAUCUCUCCAGGACAUCACUAUGAGGAAGGCGUUUAGGAGCUCAACCAUCCAGGACCAGCAGCUGUUUGCCCGCCAGUCGCUGCCCAUCCCCCUGCAAGAGACCUUUGACCUCUGCGAGCAGCCGCCACCCCUCAACAUCCUCACACCCUACAGGGAUGAUGGUAAGGAGGGGCUGAAGUUCUACACUAACCCCUCCUACUUCUUUGACCUGUGAGAGAAGAUGCUGCAGGACACAGAAGACAAGAGGAAGGAGAAGAGGAAACAGAAG